AUGGCGGAACUCGAAGAAUUACUAAUGGUUUCAAUGGACUUCGACGAUGUCUUCAUCGACGAUAUGUUCGAUACCGACGAUGUCUUCGUCGACGAUAUGUUCGAUACCGACGACGUAUCAUACAACCAUGAAAUCGACCACAAUCCUAAACCCGAAGACACAUGCAGAAUUAAAGUCUAUGUCAGUCCUACAUUGGAAGUGGCGACACCGGAGGAGGAUAUGCAAGUCUCCUUUGAUGAGAUGAGCACCAUUGAUAUUGUCCGGUUUAGACCGGCAAGGGAGUUUGCGGUUGAGUCUUUAUCAAGGAAAAUAUACAAGAAGACGACCACCAGCUCCUUUGACAUGUGUACGAUUUGUUUGGAUGAGUUUAAAAUGGGAGAAAGAGUCGUGACCUUACCAUGUGGACACGAGUUUGACGAUAGAUGUAUCCUCCAGUGGUUUGCCACCAGCCAUGUUUGUCCAUUGUGUCGUUUCGAGUUGCCAUGUGAAAACUAG